AUGCCAUCGCCUAUGGCAAUGUGUGACUUUUUAGCAAUCCGUACUGUUCCACGAGGCGGGUUUUCAUUCCACAAAGUGUUUGAAGAGGAAGAAAGCGGCGAGGAGAAGCAGGAUGAAAUUUUACAAGAGGAACAAGACAACCGGAUGGAGGCGGUGAAUAGGAGAACAAUGAGGCGAAGGGAAUCACCGACGUUCUCACGACGAAGACCCGUGCGGUUUGUGUUGGAAGACGCCGACAAGGCCGGGUAUCUAGGAGUUUCAUUGAAACCCAAUGAGGCCGCUACACGAUUCGAGACAUUGAUUGGCGCACGCAGGAGACAGAGAGCAAGCACGUUGCAAAUGUAUGUGUCGGCUGCGCCGGCAUUAGAUCGAGUUCCUUUGUCAGCAGCAGCAGCACCAGCAACUCGAGUUAAAAACGUGUUAGAGCACUCUGCUUCGAAUGAGUCCGGUACGGCAGCGUCUGAAGAGUUACUGCGACCACAAGAUAAAAACAAGGUUAUGGAAGAAGAUGAGGAGAGAAGGGAGCUGGAGCAAAGUGGGGUGUCUUCUCCACCAAGACAGCAAGUCGGACGUGACGCUUUAGAAGAAGACGAAGGGAGGAAGAGGCCGGCGACAAAUGAGCCUCUUACUGAUUUCCAGGCCUUUUGCGCUUCAUUUGCAGCCGGUGGCUCAGCAGCAGCUCAUCGAGCUAUGGCGAAGCGAAAGCAAUACGGAGCAGUAAACAAGCAGGCGGAUAGCAGUGCUACGGCGCUUCACCAAAUCUUCGAUAGGCUCAAACAUCCACGAACAGUAGGACAAGAAAUGAAGCAGCCAAAUGGCGAUGAUACAGCUGUAACGCCUCGCAGCGCAAAUAAGCGCUCACACUAUGAAGCGUUUGGAUUCGAUGAAACAGAGAUGACUGACAAUGCUGUAGCGACUCGCCAGGUCCUACAAAAGAGCAAGAACGAACAAGUUUCCGGCAUGACUAACAAUCAGGAAGAACCAGAGAAAAAAACACCCCAAAUUGCCAGGCGGAUUUCGUUUGAUAACGAGGUAGACGCACUUGUGGAUACACCUUCGAAGGGAGUAUCAGGGCGACUUUCAAACCGAAAGCGCAAGCGUACGCAGGCGUUCGGUAUGAGCGAUGAAGACGAUAAGGAUACAGAGUGGCGUGACUCGCUUGCUUUCCGCCCGCAUCGCUUUAGACAAGCGGACUGA